UGAUUUCGGUGGAACAGGGCAACCGUUGACGCACAAAGAUUAUCUUUAAAGUCCCGACUCGGUUAUACCAAGGCAAAACACUCGAAAACGGCCUAUUUUUUUUAGUGUUUUCUUAAUGUUUGUAACUUGAAUGUAAGCGGAGACAAAAACAGGAUGGAAAAGAGAGUAUCCGUGUUACCAGGCUCCUCUCUUUCCCUCUCCUACUUGCGUCUCUUGAUUCCGCCUCAUCGAUUGAUUUCUGCGGCGAUUUGGCAGACAGUGGACCAGAAGAUCGUGUCUGACUAUGGUCUUCUGGAGGAGUUUGUGUUCAGGGUGACAGACAUCGUUCCUCAGCUUCUUUCAACAAGACAACGAGCUGAACUGAUAAUGGGGCUCAGAGCACGGCUGAUCUUAGAACUGUGUCGCUGUGAGGACACUGCUCAAAUCCAGAUCAUCCAGCCUCAUUUGGACCGAAUGCAGGAACUAGAGGCUCUGUGGACUGUAGUGACACCUAAUCCAGAGAAUGAACAAUCAGAGUCUCAUUUCAUGGCUCUUGUUAAAAACUUGCUGAGAGACUCGGAUGAGAGGAGAAAUUUUUUUAACGAUGUUUUCCCAGGUGAUUUUGGUCCAACGUAUGACAAAGCAAUCCAAACCCUGAUGUGGCUGUUUCUGACUCGACUUGAAAAGCUUCUCCCAACUCAAUCCCUGCAGCAGAUAGCAUCACUUCUUGGUGACCCUUCCUGCGUUUUGAACGAAUAUAUGGAGUCGUUCUCAGAUCCUCAGGAACUGAAGCUGUUGCUGGACACUUACAAAGACCUCAGUCAAUUAGACAACAUUGAUUCUCUGUUUGUUGAAAGUGGCAUUUUAUCAGCCCUGUGUCUCCCAUCAGAGGAACGUAUGUUAAUUGUUAGUGCCCAAACAGAGGCGGAUUCAGAGAGUGGCGUGGCGUAUACAAUCUGCAGUGAGAUGGAGGUGGAGUCUGAUGAUAAAGUCUAUGUUGCACCAGGCAGCUGUGAGGAUGCGGUGAACGCACCGUGGGUAGAUUUGGGAAAUGAAGUAAAAAAUGAAGCAAUUGAGAUAGUGGUGCAUUCAGUAGAGGGCAGCAAAGACAAUCACCACUCAAACAAAAGUGACACACUGAUGAUUGGAGAGGACGGGCAGGUGACUGUGCUUGGCGAACAGGUCAAGAGGCGUCGUGGUCGGCCCAAAAAAGCACCUCAAGAUGAAGACUUUCAAGUAAAAUUAAGCAAGGAGCAACUGGAGGAUCCAGACUUUGUGUUGGGACAAAGACCUGUGCGAAAGAACCGUGGUUUAAAGAUGAAACGUUUACUUUCUCAGUGGAAAAGAACAAAGACGAAGAGCUCCAACAAUGCCAAAAAAUCUCCAAGCAGUGACGUGGAUGACCGAACGUGUAAGGUCUGUGGCAUGGUAGUGGCACAUAGCAAAUUGUUAGAGCGUCACAUAAGCCAGCACGCUGAUGAGGCGCCCUACUCUUGCUAUUCCUGUGAAAAGGUCUACAAGAGUAUACGAUUUCUGCAGCGCCAUAAAUGUUCAAGUAUUGUAAAAGACAAAAAUGAACAGCCAAGCCAGACGAACACUGAUGGCCAAGAGAAAGCAGUUGUAGAUGGAGCUGAAGAAGAGACUGAAGCAGGUGAUGACAAAAGUGUGGCAGAAGGACCGUUCUACUGCCCACAGUGCAGCGCUGAAUUCAAAUGCAGACAGACAUUCAGGUUUCAUUUAAGAAAUAUUUGUUAUGACGAACAACAGGUGGACCCUGAGAAGACUGAGGAUGAUAAGCACUGUUUUAAAUGUGAUCAGUGUGACAAAGCAUUCAAAUACAAAUCCACGUUGGACUCUCAUAAACAAACUCACAACCCCCUCUACUGCCAUGCCUGCAUGAAGCUGGUGCGGGACUCGGAUGCACUGGCUUUGCACAAAGAAUCUCACACUCCAUUUCAGUGUAAUCACUGUGAGGAGAACUUCCCUGUAUUCAAGGCUCUUCAUAAACACUAUGUGGACGUGCACAACCCCACAGAACCAUACACCUGUGCUCACUGUCAGACCACCUUUGUUAGCCUCAAACGCUUUAUCCGUCAUGAGUGGAAACAUACGGGCUACCAACCUUUCCAAUGCCCCCAGUGUGUAAAACGCUUUAGAUCCUACUCGGACCUGGUGGAACAUCAGAGGAAGCACACUAAAGCUUAUCCAUACCUCUGCUGGGAGUGUGGGAAAAAGUUCCGCCACAGUUUGACCUUGACGAGGCAUGUGGCAAGAGUGCAUCACUCUGGCGAGCCUGUGCUGGAGAAGCCCGCUGCAGCCUUUGGUUGUCUGCAGUGUGGGAAGAUGUUCACCUCCAGAAGAUGUCUGCUCAAACAUGAUAACUUCCAUCACAAAGGCCUGCGCUUUCCCUGCGAGUUCUGUGGGAAAGGUUUUUUUGGUAAAGAUGCUUUAGUGCGGCACACUCUGAUCCACACUGGAGAGAGACCGUUUAAGUGCGAUGACUGUGAAAAGUCCUUCAGGUCACUGGCUGAGCUCAAAAUUCACCGGCGUUACCACACCGGCGAGCGGCCCUUCAAAUGCACAGUCUGUCAAAAGGGCUUUGUUCAGUCAUGUUUUCUGACUCUACACAUGCGAUCACACACAGGAGAGCGGCCAUAUGUGUGUGCAGUCUGCAGCAAGGGCUUCACAAGCUUACAUGGGUUAAAGCGACACAGGAGACUGGUUCAUACAUAGCUUAGGCUAAUGCAAUCUUUACAGUUGUUUUCAUAUGCAGCCAGAUUGAACCUUAUCAAGUGGAUAAUGCCACUGCUUUUCAGCUUACACAUGAUUUUUGUCUGCCACACUUGUAAUGUAUGGCGGCCAGCAAUUAAAAAGCAUUAGGGAUUGUUAUUUGUAUAGUUUUGAAAAUUAAACAAUAUUUUAUGAGUGUUUGAUGUAGUUCUACAUAUUUGUAUGUAUGAAAAAAAUAACAGUGAUUCCUUUAGGAAUUAAAUUAAUUUUGAUUGAA